CUUCUUUCUGGGGGCAGGGGCGGGGUCAACCACUUCGCGAGAGGCGAAUGCCUAGCCCCAGCCCCAGCCCCUCCUCCGGGAGGAGCUGCCUCCUCACCGCCAGGCUUAAGUCAAGUCCCUGCCUGCUGUCUCAGGCGGUUUCUCCUGCUGCCCACCAGUCCCGGAAGCUGAGGCCCAUUGGGUCGCUAGCAGGGCACAGGACUGAGCUGACAAGCCACACUACUCUGUUAACGCCCUGUGCUCGUGCCGAGGGGGCAAUGGCGGCUUCCUGUAUCCUCCUGCACACUGGGCAGAAGAUGCCCUUGAUUGGACUGGGCACCUGGAAGAGCGAGCCUGGCCAGGUAAAAGCAGCUAUUAAGUAUGCCCUGAGUGUAGGCUACCGCCACAUUGACUGUGCUGCUAUCUACGGCAAUGAGACUGAGAUUGGGGAAGCCCUGAAGGAGAACGUGGGACCUGGCAAGUUGGUGCCUCGGGAGGAGCUGUUUGUGACUUCCAAGCUGUGGAACACGAAGCACCACCCUGAGGACGUGGAGCCUGCCCUCCGGAAGACACUCGCUGACCUCCAGCUGGAGUAUUUGGACCUGUACCUGAUGCACUGGCCUUAUGCCUUUGAGCGGGGAGACAACCCCUUCCCUAAGAAUGCUGAUGGGACUGUACGGUAUGACUCCACCCACUACAAGGAGACCUGGAAGGCUCUGGAAGCACUGGUGGCUAAGGGACUGGUGCGGGCACUGGGCCUGUCCAACUUCAGCAGUCGGCAGAUUGAUGAUGUGCUCAGUGUGGCCUCUGUGCGCCCGGCUGUCCUGCAGGUGGAAUGCCACCCAUACCUGGCUCAGAACGAGCUGAUUGCCCACUGCCAAGCACGUGGCCUGGAGGUAACAGCUUAUAGCCCUCUGGGCUCCUCUGAUCGUGCUUGGCGUGAUCCUGAUGAACCUGUCCUGCUUGAGGAGUCAGUGGUCCUGGCACUGGCUGAGAAGCAUGGCCGCUCUCCAGCCCAGAUCUUGCUCAGGUGGCAGGUCCAGCGGAAAGUGAGCUGCAUCCCCAAGAGUGUCACACCUUCCCGUAUCCUUCAGAACAUCCAGGUGUUUGACUUCACCUUUAGCCCAGAGGAGAUGAAGCAGCUGGAUGCCCUGAAUAAAAACUUGCGAUUCAUUGUGCCCAUGCUUGUGGUGGAUGGGAAGAGGGUCCCGAGAGAUGCAGGGCACCCUCUGUACCCCUUCAAUGACCCAUAUUGAGACCACAGCUUCCUGACUUCCUUUUCUUCUCUCCAGCUAUAAAGUCCUGCCAUCCCCAAGAAAAGAGUUAAUAAAGCCAUUGGAGUAUCCA